GGAAGUGGCUCCCCGGAAGGAGUUUGUCUGCUUUCCUGGUCCUGGCUAACGCGGCGUGCUGACCCGCCGGCACCAUGCAGUCGGAUGAUGUUAUCUGGAAUACCCUAGGAAACAAGCAAUUUUGUUCUUUCAAAAUAAGAACCAAGACUCAAGGCUUUUGCAGAAAUGAGUAUAGUCUGACUGGGCUGUGCAAUCGGUCAUCCUGUCCUUUAGCAAAUAGUCAGUAUGCUACAAUUAAAGAAGAGAAAGGACAGUGCUACCUGUAUAUGAAAGUUAUAGAACGGGCAGCUUUUCCUCGGCGGCUCUGGGAACGGGUCCGACUUAGUAAAAACUAUGAGAAAGCACUGGAACAAAUAGAUGAAAAUUUAAUUUACUGGCCCCGCUUCAUUCGGCACAAAUGUAAGCAGAGGUUUACCAAGAUUACCCAGUACCUGAUUCGAAUUAGAAAACUUACGCUGAAGCGACGGAAGAAACUUGUUCCUUUGAGUAAGAAAGUGGAACGAAGGGAAAAAAGAAGAGAGGAAAAAGCGUUAAUAGCUGCCCAGCUGGACAAUGCCAUUGAGAAGGAAUUACUGGAAAGACUGAAACAAGACACGUAUGGUGACAUCUACAACUUCCCCAUCCAUGCCUUCGAUAAGGCCCUAGAGAAACAGGAAGCAGAGAGUGACUCUGAAGAAGAAGAAGAUGAGGAGGAAGAUGAAGAGGAUGUGGGGAAAAGAGAGUUUGUAGAAGAUGAUGAGGUAGAUGAGAGUGACCUGAGUGACUUUGAGGAUAUGGAUAAACUGGAUGCUGGCAGUGACGAAGGACAGGAUGAAGAAUCCUCCAGUGAAGAAGAAGAAGAAGAAAAGGCCCUUAAGGCCAAACACAAAGGCAAAGCACCCUUGAAAGGACCUUUGCGGAAAAAACGGGCCUAUGUGGAAAUAGAGUAUGAGCAGGAGACAGAGCCCAUGACCAAAGCCAAAACCACAUGAGUUCCCUUCACGAUUUAUCCUGAAAAAUCAACACUUUCCACUGUGCUCUUUUGUGCUAUAUUUCAUACAGUAUUUAUAUUGUUAAUAUUUAUGUCACUUCAGUGGACCAAAAACCUGGAGUGAGAGGAGAAGAGUCUCAAUUGUACAGUAUUUUUUUUAAUACAUGUGCUGUAACAGAGGGAGCCCAAGGGGCCUAAUUGAUGAAUUCCUGGAGCUGGAAUGACAUUGUGCCUGUAAAUAUUUCUGAAUUACAAGUGCUAAAGUCUCCCCCUCCCCAUUUUUACUUAGAAAUGACAUUGUUUCUUUAUCCCUUUUGGUUUUUUAAGGCAAGGUUUCUCUGUGUUGCCUGGGCUGUCCUGGAACUCUUUCUAGAUCAGGCUAGCCUCAAACUCAGCCUCUGCCUGCUGAGUGCUGGGAUUAAAGGUGUGCCACCACACUGGCUUCAAUUUCUUUUUUAUUUUCUUUCUUGUUCAGUUUCUCUUAUAAGGAUAAACUGAAGGAAACAAAGUUGUAACUUACAAUCUUUAAUAUAAAAAUAGAAUUUUCUGUAACUCCAUCCAUAUGAUCUGGGAUAGGAAAAGCGCCCUUUCUUGCUGGUUCCUUAUCUAAGAGUCAUCACAGGGAACAGCUGCAGAGCUCUGCUGCACUCUCCUGAUGCAGUUCACCACUGUGCGGUCUUCACAGGAUAGGACAAUUUUAGACAGAAGAACCUGAAACAUGAAACCAAACAGACAUUCAUUUGUGUAAAACCUGUUUUCCCCACUGUCUCUUUUCCCACAUACUCAGUGAGAGGUGCAUGGCACUAAGGUUAAAUGUCUCCGUCAGAACAGAUGUCACUUAAAAAUUGUCCCAUGCUUGUAAGUAGCCCAUUGGCUCUCAAGAGCCUGCUUCAUCCCAGCCAAAACAACUCAAACUGGACUGGAAAACUGCACAAACAUAAAGGGCAGCAAUGAAAUGUUUUAAUAAACUGAAAAAACUGGCCAGGUGUUGGCGUACACCUUUAAUCCCAGCACUCGGAGGCAGGAGCAGGCGGAUCUCUGAGUUCAAGGCCAGCCUGGUUUAUAGAACAAGUUCCCGGAUAGGCUCCAAAGCUACACAGAAACCCUGUCUUGAACCCCCCCCCCCACCAAAAAAAAACCGCUGUACAUAUUUUGGGGCAUGAAUUUCUUCUCAUGCUCCUUUAAUCUUUGAUGGAAAUUAGUCUUUUAAUUAUAUGUAAAUACACAGUAAAGAUACCAUAAACUACUCUGAGAAUUUUGUAGAAGAUGAAACUAAAGAAUUUCUUGCUGGUAAACUGAGUAUCUGCAAACUGGGGAGAUAGGUCAGUGGGAGGAGCACUGGGGCCUGAUUUCAGUUCCAUAUUUAAAUUCCAUGCUUGUCAUAAGUGGGAGCACACACCCAUAACUGCAGUAUGGGGAGGAGACAAGCAGAUCCUCAGGGACCACUUGCCCACUAGCAAGCCAGCCAGUCAAGCCUGCUUGCAGAGCUCCCUGUCAGAUUCUGUCUAAAAGGGAAAGUGGAGAUGGUACUUCAGGAAUGACACCCCAUGUCACCUUUUUUACCUACACAAGCACACAUGAGACAAACAUCUCUGAGGUGCCACCAUGGGUACACUGUGGUAUCUCAAUUAAAGUAUUCCUCCUUGGCAGCUUA